AUGUCAGAAAGCACAGCUACACCAGAUCCACCAAGUAAUGGCCACAAUGGCAAUAGUAGCAGCAGCAGCAGCAGUACGGUAGUUCGUCCAACUAGCAGAGUACGAGAUGAAACGGAUUUGGCAGGAAAAUUGGAGGACCAGAUUGAAGAACAACCUACGGAUAUCUACCUUUACAUUCGGUUGUUGAAGCAUCAUGUGUCAUUGAAGCAGUGGAAACAGGUUAAUGAGACUUUUGACAAGUUGCUGGAUAGAUUUCCGGUGAUGUCUAAUAUCUGGUGCAUGAGGCUCGGGUUGGAGCUUGAUAAAAAGGAGGAACUGGAUGCGGCUGUAAUUGAACCGGUGUUGGCUCGGUGUUUGUCGCAAGAAUUGGGUAACAACGAUCUUUCGUUGUGGCUAUCGUAUAUCACCUACGUGAGGCGGAAAAACGAUAUUAUUACUGGUGGUGAAGAUGCCAGAAACGUUGUGUUGCAGGCUUUCCAGGUUGUGAUUGAUAAGUGUGCCAGUUUUGAGCCAAAAUCGACUCAGUUUUGGAACGAGUACUUGUACUUCCUUGAGCACUGGAAGCCCGUGAAUAAGUUUGAAGAGCAACAGAAGGUGCAGUACAUUAGAAAGUUGUACAAAACGCUAUUGUGUUUGCCUGUGGACUGUUUAGAACCUAUGUGGGAAAGAUACACGCAAUGGGAACAGGACACCAAUCAGCUUACUGCUCGUAGACAUAUUGGCGAGUUAUCAGCACAAUAUAUGAAUGCGAGAUCGCUAUACCAGGACUGGUCAAACAUCACCAGGGGUCUAAAGAGAAACUUACCUGUGACGUUGAACCAGGCUACAGAGUCUAAUCUUCCAAAACCAAACGAAUACGAUAUAUCACAAUUGCAGAUCUGGUUGGAUUGGAUACAGUGGGAAAUGGAAAACAAAAUGGAACUCUCAGAGGAGCUGCACAAGGCAAGAGUCAAGUACGUGUACAUGCAAGCCAUUCAGCAUGUGUGCUUCUCGCCUGAAAUAUGGUUCAAUUUUGCUAACUAUUCUGGGCAACAAAGUGGCGACUCUAUUGCAGAGGUAACGAGAGUCUUGAAGCUAGCCAGACAGUAUAUACCCAACUCUGUGGUAUUGACUCUUAAAUUAUCGGAACAAUUCGAGUUGAGCAACAAUACUGCUGAGAUAGAAUCGACAAUUCUGUCAUGCAUCGACCGCAUCCACCUUGACCUAGUAAUAUGCAUGGAGGACUCGCCAUCGAACGAGACCGCUAUCUCUCAUCUGAAGUCCAAGCUCACAUACGUGUAUUGUGUUUAUAUGAAUACUAUGAAGAGGUUACAAGGUCUUACCUCGUCACGUAAAAUCUUCAGCAAGUGUCGUAAACUAAAACAACUUGUAACACCGGACAUUUACCUUGAAAAUGCUUACAUUGAGUAUUAUAGCAACAAAGACACAAAGACGGCAUGCAAAGUCUUGGAGUUGGGACUCAAAUAUUUUGCCAACAAUGGUGAGUACAUCAACAAAUAUCUAGAGUUCCUAAUAUUUGUUAACGAGGAGUCUCAAAUAAAAUCGUUGUUUGAGAACAGCAUCGACAAGAUCACGAACAAGACGCACCUAAAAUUGAUAUUCCAAAAAGUUAUAUCUUACGAGACGAAGUUUGGCAACUUCAACAACGUGAAGUCGUUGGAGCAAAGAUUCUUUGAGAGGUUCCCCGAGAUCAAUCAACUUGAAGAGUUUACCAAGAAAUACAAAGUGCUCGAUACAAACUAUUUGCAAAGAUUGGAGCUUGACUAUAUGGUGCGUGAUCUUGUACCGGAAUCAUUAGCGUUUGAUCGUAACAACAAUACUGCAUUGAAGCGUUCCAUUGGAGAGGAACAAGAGGGCGGAGCACAAAAGGCAGCUGCGAAGCGGUUCAGAGCAAACGAGGAUCCAAUCCCUCCAGAGAUUGUGGAGCUUUUGAAAGUGUUGCCCAAGAGACAGUACUUCAAGGUUGCAAUCUUUGAGCCCCAUUCGUUUGCGGAUUUCUUAAGCGAUAAGGUAACAAUCCCUGAAAACUAA